GUUUGGACACCUAAGCGUGGCUCACAUCUUGCUGGAGAAUGGUGCUGAUCUCAAUGCACAGAAUAAGUUAGGAGCCAGUGUCCUCACAAUGGCCUCCAGAGGUGGCCACAUCAGCAUGGUGAAAUUGCUGCUGGAAUCUGGAGCUUUUGUAGACAAUUAUGACCAUUUUAGCACAAGUGUGCUUAACAGCAGCAGAGACGACCUUCCUGAUAUCACUCCGCUCAUGUCAGCUGCUCAGCACGGACAUGAGGCAGUGGUGCAUCUCUUAUUAGACUGGGGAGCUGAUUGUAAUUACACUGUGAAGACUAUGGGAUGGAGUCCUCUAAUGCUGGCAGCUGUUAGCGGAAAGGUGAGCUUGGCACAGCAGCUCAUGGAAAAGGGUGCCAAUCCUGAUCACCUGAAUGUACUGCAUAAAACACCUUUCGAAAUCUCUGUUGGCUUCAAACACAAAGACAUGAGGGACUACCUGGAAUCUCUCACAACGAUCCGGCCCCAGGCAGAUACAGAAAAGAGGCAACCUGAUGUCUUCCAUGCUUUGAAGUUGGGAAAUUUUCAACUGGUUAAAGAGAUCGUUGAUGAAGACCCAAGCCAGGUCAAUAUUACCAAUGGUGAUGGCGCAUCUCCAUUAAUGAUCGCGGCUGUAACUGGGCAGCUGCCCCUUGUUCAGCUCCUUGUUGAGAAAAAUGGUGAUAUUGACAAACAGGAUAAUGUUCAUGGCUGGACAGCACUAAUGCAGGCCACAUACCAUGGAAACAAAGACAUUGUAAAGUAUUUGUUAAAUCAAGGAGCUGACGUCAAUCUUCGUGCAAAAAAUGGAUACACAGCUUUUGACCUGAUAAUGCUGCUAAAUGAUCCAGACACAGAGCUUGUACGGUUGCUGGCAUCAGCAUGCAUGCAAGUAGACAAAGACAAGAAUAAACUGAACAACAGAUCAUCUUUGCCUUGUACCAGAAGUAGGCAGUCCUUAAACGUCCUGAUGUUACCAGAUGACAAAGGAGGUCUAAAGUCCUGGUGGAGCAGGAUGUCGAAUCGAUUCCGCAAGCUGAAGUUGACUCAGACGUUGCGCCAUGGAUUUCCUUCCAAUCAGUUUGUGCCUUUUCCUGAUGAGCCUGAACCAUCAUUAAAUUCCACCAUAAAAGCAGUUUCACAGAGUGAUACGGACACCUCUGGAAACCUCGAUGCUGCUACAGCAUGGAUCACAAAUAACAAAGCUAGUGGUGUACACACUGCAAAAGGAGGAAAGGAUGAUGAAUUAUUGACAACCAUGUUGAGAAGUAGCGCUCCAUUCACUAGGCUGCCCAGUGAUAAACUGAAAGCAGUGAUACCACCUUUCUUACCACCCUCAAAUUUUGAGCUUUGGAAUUCUGACCGAACACGAAUCAGCAAAGAUGGCAAAGCUGAACAGAUGAGAACUGCCUGGCCACAGAGAGCAAUCAAGCAUGAUUUUAACAGCAGUGGGAACUCCGAUAUAACAUCUGUUAGCAAAGGUGCUAGAGCAGUCAAAUUACCAGCAUUUGCAAGAAGACCUGCAUCUCCUUCAAAUUCCAACAACUUCAACCAUUCUCCACAUUCUUCUGGUGGAUCCAAUAACAUUGCGGGAAUUAACAGGCAUGGAGGAGAACUGCAUAACAGAUCAGGUGGCAGUGCAGAUAAUGUUUUGUCUCAGAUUGCAGCCCAAAGAAGAAAAGCAGCAGGCUUACCAGAACAAAAACCCAGCCAGCAGCAUAGUCCAGUCCAGUCGACUCCUUCAUCCACCCUGUCUGAUUUGCAGUGUGCUCAAAUUGUUGGCAAUGGACACAUUGUAAAGCAAAAACUGGAGAUGAACAAAAGACCUCCAUCUGGGACUUCAUCUACAUCUAAAAGCACGUCACCAACUCUCACGCCUUCUCCAUCACCCUCCCCGUCUCCUAAGGUUCACAACGCAGAGUCCUCUCUCUCUUCUUCUCACAGGCAGGCCAAGAGCAAUGGUUCAAGCAGUGGUACUAUUACAGAAGAUG